UGGCGAGGCGCCGGAAGCAGCAGGUUGUGCUGGAGGGACAACAGAGAGGACGGAGCGGGACACGCAGCGCGGUUACCCUCCUCAUCUCUCACAUGUAGCUGUUGGUUUUGUUUGUGUUUUGUUGUUUUUUGUCGCGCAGGAAAAGCGGAGCCAUGGCCCUGACCCAGGAAGCCGUGUUGUGUUUUCUGCUGGAGCGCGGAGGCAAAGUGGCCAACUGUGAGCUGGUGAACCACUUCAGGAGCCUCAUCCACGGCGGCGACCCCGCGGAAAAGCAGCGCAACAGGGAGCUGUUCAAGAAGCUGGUGAACAGCGUCGCUGUGGUCAGACAGGUCGACGAGGUGAAGUUCGUGGUGGCGAGGAAGAGGUACCAGGACUUUGUGAAAGAGGAGAUGGAUCCGAGCUGUGACGCGCGGCGCUCGUCCACUGUGAGCUUUUGUCACCGCGGCGGCGACAAAAGCUGCGCGGAGAGUUUGCGGGAAAGCAGGCCUGCCGCGUCCACGGCGGAUGCGGCCACCGUUAAAGUCCUGAAUGUGUCCGCAGAUCAGGCGUGCGGAGCGAGCAAGUCUGGGGCUGUGUUCGCCGUCAUAGCGGUCAGAUCCCCGGAGAGAGACUCCGCAGACGGACCACGCUCCCAGGCGCAUCAGCGGCGUGGAAACCCUGACAGAGCAGUCGUCAGAGUUCCAUCACUCCCAGCUCUAACUUCUAACUCCUCAUCUCGUCUGAGGGAGUUAGUAAAAGAGCCUCAGUGUUGGAAAUCCAAGCACAUUGAAGCCAAGCAGGCCCCAGGUUCUCCCCUGGUGAGGCCCCAAAGCAAGACCCUCAGGCAGGCUGAUGAUGAGUCUGUGCCUUUGGAGCCAAUAGCCCAUGAGUGGCUUGUUAAGUGUGCUGCUGGGUUGUGGGGACAAAUAUAUGCUUUGCUGCUGCAGGACACACGCUUGGCACAGAAGAAGGAUUUCAUGUCAGGUUUCACAGCCUUGCACUGGGCUGCUAAGGACGGCAGCUGCGACAUUAUACACAAACUCAUUGAUGUUUCCAGCAAAGGAGGCACCUACGUGAAUGUCAACAGCAAGGCACACGGAGGGUACACGCCUUUGCACAUUGCAGCCAUGCACGGUCACUCUGAGGUCGUGGUUGCUCUCGUGCAGCGCUACGGAGCCAGUGUGAACGAGAGAGAUAAUGACGGCAAGAAGGCGCUUCACUAUCUGGGGAAAGGUGCAUCGGCUGAGGUCAGGGCCCUGCUGGGAGGACAGCAGCAGAGUGAAGAGAAGAUGGAGGGCGAGGAAUACAAGGAGCACACAAGAGGCUUCAACACUAUCAGCAAGCUGUUCCACCCUCACUUAGGAAAGAAACAUAAGACUUGCAGGUUUGCUCAUGAGUGGUAAGAGGGGCCACAAGUGAAUCUGGGGAUGUCACAACUAUUAAGAUAUGGACAAAAACAAAAACACGAUUCGAUUUUGAUUUAGAUUUCAGCAAGGAUGUCAAAUCGUCCCCUCCUUCAUUUUGUUGUGGUUUUGAAGUCAACGUUCUUUCAAGUUAAGUUAUUUAUUCUUAUGACCUAGAUAGAUUAAUACAACCUAAUUUGUCUGGCUGUCUACUUCUGUAGCUGGUCUUCAGUGAGCUGCACAGACAUGACACACGCAGCUUUCAUGUUGGUGAAAAAGUGCGGAGGCGAAGGGCUGGAUUAGUCUUUGAUUUAUACUGCAAAACUGUUUACUCGAGAUAUAUGUCUGGUAUAUCAUUUAAAGGACUUUAAACCCUUUUAGUGGCAUGGUGGGAAAAUUUGGGUGGAUUUCAAACCUUUGUGUACCUUGAUACAGCUAGUGUUCAUGUUUAUGCCUUGACUCCUAACUGUGUACUGUCUUGUACAGCUUUGUACAGUGUAUCACUGGUUUAAUAAGCGUACUAUUUAUGCAUUGUGUAUAAUUUUGUUUUAUUAGUAUUAAUGACUAAUUUUCAACAAAUUACAUUACGUUUUUUGACCUAGAGUGUAAAAUACCUGUAGGUAUGACUUGAUUUUAUAGCAUUGUUUUUUGUUGCUGUUGUAUUUAUUGACUAAUGAACACUGACCAUAAAAACACAGCAGGCUAGUGCUUCCAAAUUACAACAUUUUUAGAAAGCACACUGGAUGAAAAACCUGCUGACUAUUUUAUGUCCUGAAGCAUCUGAGGUGGCAACCUCAGAUGCUUGAGUUUGACUCAGCAAACUCACACAGGAGCAAUAAUAUUUUUCUAACUUCUUCGCUGGCGCGUUGACUGGAGUAACGCAGUAGUGGGUCGUACUGCAGGUGUAGGCCAGGUAACAGGGCUGAGCUCUAUAUAAGUAAGUCAACUGGCUCAAGUUGAUGGUGACUCAGCUUUUCCGCAGAAAUCAUCACUUGGACUUGAAAACCAUUCCAAGGCAAAGCAGGGACCAGACUAUGUGAUGUUAUGGAGAGAUUUUACCUAAGCCUUUAAUUCCUGAGCUUAUUCCUUGUGUGAUGUCACCAGAGGCAUGUGUGAUCAAGCUUGCUUUUGGGAGCAUAGAACUGUCAGUAUUAAAUAACAAUUUUCGUAAAAUAGCUAAACUAAUAGAAACUGAAUGAUGUAUCGGUGGCAAACAAUAAAUAAAAUGAUAAAUAAUAAUAAUCUCAGGUCGAUUGUACAGACAUUUCUGGAGAGUAGCUUUAAAUUAUAUACUAAUAUAAUAAUGUAGAUAAUAUUAGUCUAAACGACAGACUAACCAAUUUUAAUUGUGAAAUAGUUUUUGUUGUUUCUCAAACAAAAAAAUUUGUAUUGUGUAUGUAUUUUGUAGCAGUUGAUUUUUUUUUUCAGUUUAGUGUGAUACACUUUAAAAAGUGCUUCUUCAUUUUUUUCUAGUUAAGAAUUUGUCUAAAGUGUAACAUUAUUAGAUUUUUACAGUUUAUUUGAAUAAAUGCAAUUCGUCCUUUUCUAAUGAC